AUGGAAACAAAGUGUGGAAAAAAGAAGGUGGAAGAGGUGAGAACUAAAGUGGGUUUUGAUUGUAGCAUAGUAGUGGAAAGUAGAGGUUUGAGUGGGGGUUUAGUUUUCAUGUGGCAUAAGGAGGAGAACUUCACUCUUCAAUCUUACUCUCAGAACCAUAUCUCGAUGUUUUGGCAACAAGAACUAAGUGCUGAAAAUGUUUUGUUGACUGGUUUCUACGGUUUUCCAGAUACAAACCAUAGAAGUGACAGUUGGAAGCUUAUGAGAUUAUUGAAACCUAGAGAUGGGAUGGCAUGGCUUUGUUUUGGGGAUUUUAAUGAGAUCAUGCAUUAUCAUGAGAAAAAAGGGGGAGCUAGAAGACCCUAUAAACAGCUGGAAGAAUUUAGAAGUAAUGUUGACUUCUGUGGUUUGAGUGACCUGGGUUUUGAGGGCAAUAAAUAUACUUGGUGCAAUAAUAGAGAAGGAUCCCACUUUACAAAAGAGAGACUUGACCGUGCCUUGGGUAAUAUGGAAUUAACCAGGAAAUUUUCAGACUGUAGCAUUCAAACUUUUGCAGCCUAUUCUUCUGACCACAGCCCUAUCUAUAUGGGGUUAAGACUUGGAGAAAGAAGGUAUGUUAGAGGAUGGGGACUUAGACAAAGGAUCUUCAGAUAUGAAGCCUCUUGGAAACUCCAUAAUGAGUGCUCCAGGAUUGUUGCUAAAUGCUGGACACCUCGAAGGCAGCAGAGUGGGUCUUUUUUUAUGAAUUCUCGGAGAAGCCUUGAGCUUUGUAAAGAAGCUUUGUUGAAAUGGAGUAGAACCACCCUGAGUCAGCACAGAAAAGAGACUCAAGCUAAGCUGAAACAAUUGGCUAAUCUGCAAGAGACAAAUACUGGGUCCAGUAUGGAGACCAUUAAGGAGCUAAAGCUGGAAAUUGACAAGUUUCUUGAGGAAGAUAAUGUGAGAUGGAAGCAAAGAGCAAAGCAAGCUUGGCUCAAAGAUGGUGAUAGAAACUCAAAGUACUUCCACAAAUGUGCAAACCAGAGAAGAAAAACAAAUGAGAUCAAGAACUUGUUGAGAGAGAAUGGCAGCUUGACGUGGGACAUGGAGGAAAUCUCUGAAUGCUUUGGGCAGUAUUUCAAGUCUAUUUUCUCGACUUCAAAUCCAGAUGGGAUAAGGGAAUGCCUUUCAAGAGUGGAUAGAAAAGUGGAUAGGGAGAUGAAUAGAAUGCUGGAAAUGAAUUACACGGCAGUGGAGGUGAAGGAAGCUUUAUUUCAAAUGAACCCGAUGGGAUCACCUGGACCUGAUGGCUUUCCUGUAGAGUUCUACCAAGUGCACUGGGAUAUAAUUGGGGAUAAAGUCACUAGAGGGGUACUUGAAGUGCUCAACUCAGAGGGGGACAUUAGCAGCAUUAAUGACACAUACGCUUAUUCCCAAAUUGAAAAGCCACAAAACACGUUUGAAGCCAUGCAUUCCAUGUCUAUUAAAAGUAGAAGGCAGCAAGGUCAUAUGGCAAUAAAGCUGGACAUGAGCAAGGCAUACGACCGGGUAGAAUGGGAUUUCUUGAGAGCUGUGAUGGUGAAAAUGGGUUUUAAUGAGAGAUGGAUCAGGCUGGUGAUGGGCUGUGUGUCAUCAGUUUCAUACUCAAUUCUUAUCAAUGGAUCUCCCCAAGACUUCUUCAAACCUUCUAGAGGAAUUAGACAAGGGGACCCAUUGUCACCCUAUUUGUUCAUCUUGGUGGCAGAGGUACUCAGUAAUCUCCUCAAUCAUGCUGAAAGCGUAAAGAGAAUACAUGGUUAUCCUAUAGGCAGAGGCCAGAUCAUCAUUAAUCACUUGUUUUUUGCAUAUGACAGUUUACUAUUCUGUAGAGCAAAGGCAGAGGAGUGGGCCACCAUCCACGAUUUGCUUAGUCUUUAUGAGAGGGCCUCGGGUCAGCAGCUAAACAAAGGUAAAACUGCUAUUUAUUUUAGUGCUAAUACCCGAAAAGAAGCUAGAGAUUUCAUCUUGAGCAUUGCUGGUACAAGAGCUACUUCAUGCUAUGAUAAGUAUCUAGGCUUACCUGCUUUAGUGGGGAGAUCAAAACAUGAUGCCUUUAAAAGCAUUCUUGAUAGAAUGAGAAGCAAGGAUAGGGAGAAAAAGUUGCAUUGGGUUUCUUGGAAUCUCAUGGGAAAGGCUAAGGAAGCUGGUGGAAUGGGUUUUAGAGAGUUUGAGAGCUUCAACUUAGCAUUGUUGGCUAAGCAAGGCUGGAGGGUAAUUCAAUACCCUGACUCGUUGGCUUCACAAGUUCUUAAGACCAAAUAUUUUAGUAGCUCUAAUUUCUGCCAGGCCAAGAUGGGUGCAAGACCAUCUCUCAUAUGGAGAAGUCUUUUGGCUGCUAAAAACCUCAUAAUUAAAGGAUCUAUUUGGAGAAUUGGAGAUGGUAAGGAGACAAAAAUCUGGAAGGAUAGGUGGCUUCCUAAACCUUCCUCUUUCAUGAUUCAUUGUCAAGGGCAGACUAUAGAUGAAGAAGCGAAAGUUGCUGAUCUCAUUAAUGAAAACACGAAGCAAUGGGAUAGAGAGAAGAUAUUUAGCAUGCUAGGUCCUUUAAAUGCUGCCAUAAUCCAAAGAAUUCCCGUGAGUUCUACAGGUGCAAAAGACAAGCUAAUGUGGUUAGGCACAAAGGAUGGAGGCUUUACAGUGAAAAGUGCAUAUCACCUUCAGAAGGAACUAAUAGCAGAACAGAGGGCAUGCUUAGAAGCUCUACCGACAAAAAAUAACCUUUUCAAAAAGAAGAUAGUGGACUCUCCAUUAUGUCCAAUAUGCUACAGAGAAGAUGAAACAGUUGCUCAUGUGCUGUGGAACUGUGAACCAGCAUUGGAUGUGUGGUGCCAAGGGCCCAUUGUGCUGCAAAAAAGUACGUUGAGGGCAGUAAGCUUCAAGGAGAGUUUUGAACAGCUAAAUGCCCAAUGUGAAACAGAAACAAUGGAACUUUUUGCUAUGACUGCAAGGGGAAUUUGGCAGAGGAGGAAUAAAAGUGUAUUUGAAGGGUCCUUCUUGCAUCCUAACCUAAUAUCCCAGAAUGCGGCUCAACAGCUGGAAGAAUAUAAGGCUGCUCAGCUUGGCUCUAACUCAACAACUAGAAGGAAUCCUAUUCAAGCAGUGAUAUGGAGUCCACCUCCUUCGGGAAUAAUCAAGGUAAACUGGGAUGCUGCACUGUGGGAAGAUCAAGAUAAACUGGGAAUAGGCUUGGUAGCAAGAGAUCAUGAAGGUGGAAUUAUAGCUUCUAAAAAGGUGGCUAAGGCUGGUUGUGUGAUACCAUUACUGGCUGUGGCAAUAGGAGCCUAUCAAGCUGUCAAAUUGGCAUCCGAAAUGAACUUGGAAUCCGUGAUCUUUGAAGGAGACUCUCUUCAGGUUGUUCAAGCAAUAAAUCUGCACAAAGAGAGAUGGGACAGCGUGGGACUGGUGCUUGAUGAUACCAGAAUGUUAUUAGCUCAAGUAGUACAUUGGCAAUUUAACUUUGUUAAAAGAAAUGGAAAUGAAUUAGCCCACUGUCUUGCAAAGAAAGCUUUAGAACUCACGGUGGAAACUUCCGAAAUGGUUGUUAUUCCCAACUGUAAUGAAAUACCUCCUAUGUAA